UCCAAAUUAGUGGGGACAAUUGUACUUCUUGUUGAGAUAUAUGUGCAAUAUACACACAGAUACAUACUAUCUUCAUAUCUGUAUAUUUAUGCGUUAGUUUUCGUCUUCUGGCUUUUCAUUCUUGAAUUAUUUUUGUAAUUUCCCUCAGCCCUUGUUGGACUUUUCAGAAACUGCAUUGAAGCUUGUCAGUUUGGUGGGGGAUAUUGAAGAUGCUGUAGCUUUUGUAAUGAACAGAAAACUGCAUAACCCGUCUGGCUCCAGAAAGUUCAGAGGUGAGAAGACUUUAUUUUCUAGGAGCAUAUUUUAUCAAAGAACAUCUUUUAGGUGCAUGGUUUAUCUUAAUUUUAUCCUUUUUCUAGGAUAUGUGUUUUCAUGCUAUUGAAGCACUUGAGAAAACUGAAAUGUAUUGACUUCUAUUACAAAGAAACAGUCUCAAUGGACCCAACUUGUAUCAGUAGUUGUUGAAAGAGUAGAUCGAGCACUAGCCACAUUGAGACCUCAGCAAAUUGCUGAUCACCGAAUCCUCCUUACGUCCCUUGGGUGGCCACCCCCACUUAGUUCCUUGAACUCGCCGAUUCGUGAUACUAGGGAACUAUCUGAAGUCUCUAAUCCUCUAUUUACAAUGCAAGGUGACCUCAAGCAUAAAUAUUGUGAAACCUUCCGUGCGUUGUGCCGCUUGCAAGAGUUGCCGAUGCGGAGAAAGGCCCGGCAGCUUGAGGGUUACAACAGGGAAGUUGCUUUACACCAGCCAAUUUGGGCAAUUGAAGAACUCGUGAACCCCAUAUCAGUUGCAUGGCAACAACAUUUCUCAAAAUGGGGGAUAAGCCAGAGUUCAUUUUUUGCUCUCGUCUACAAGAGUACCAGGGACUAUGUUGACACUAUGGAUGAAUUGCUACAACCUUGUUGAUAAAGCUAGGCUAGUGGGAUAUAGUUGUAGAGAAGAAUGGAUUUCGGCUAUGGUAACUUCUUUGUCUACGUACUUGGCAAAAGAGGUCUUUUCUGUGUAUAUUGGGCAAAUGGAAGAAGAGCACGUUAGUGGUGUUCAGUCUCAGGCUAGAAUAUCAUUCAUGGCUGCAUCUGGUCGAACUGAUGAUUUCUUUUGAUCAAGGGGUUCUCUCUCUGGCAAUACAUUCUGGUGUACUGAUUUCCAUUCAGGAAGACAGGAACCUCCAGAAAUUGUCAUCUCUAUCUGUUUUCUGUGAUCGGCCGGAUUGGCUUGAUUUUUGGGCAGAAAUAGAACUCAGUGACACACUUGAGAAGUUAAAAGCUGAAGCAGAUGAUGAGCGGAAAUGGAAAGCGAAAGUUCAAGCGGUAGCUCUUAUAUCUGGUCCUGAUAAUUACAAGUCGCCUAUAGUUUCUAGUCGCUUCCUUCAUCACCUGUCUUUAGUGAUUGAUCGAUGCCGAUUGCUGCCUACCACAUCUUUGAGGUGCAGGUUUGCUCGAUUAGUUGGUGCACCUAUAAUACACAGAUUUUUGGAGAGCAUGCUACAUUGGUGUCAAGAAGCUGAAGGAUUGACUGCAUUAACUGAUGACGAGGGAUUGAUUAAGGUUGCCAACUUGGUUAAUGCUGCUCACUAUUUUGAGUCUGUUCUUAAAGAAUGGUGUGAGGAUGUUUUGUUUCUCGAGAUGGGAUUUGAUCAAAUUGACCCUUUUCUUAACGGUAACAGUGGGGCAAGGGGUCCAUUCAAUAUGUCCAUGGGUGGGGUUUUUGAAUUUGAGAUAAAAGAGCUGGAGAGAUUCAGGAAGGAGUGGGUUGAGAAGAUUAAUAUCAACAGUUGUUUUGAGGGGAUUUGAGGCUAGCUGUCAAGAAUACCUGAAAAACAAAAAGCAAUGGCAGGAGAAGAGGGAAGACGGCUGGAUGGUGUCAAGAUAUUUAGUUGGUGCUCUAGAUUAUUUACAGGGAAAGAUGGCAGUCACUGAGGAAAAUCUGAAUCGUAUAGAUUUUGUGAGUGUGUGUGGAGAAGUUUAGCUUCUGGGAUUGAUCAUGCACUCUAAUGGCAUUUUUAUGAGCAGUGUAAUAUUCUAUGAUAUUGGUGUUGAAAGUCUUAGCAACGACUUGGAGGUCAGGCACAUGACUGUUAGUGAGGCAAAGAAGAUACUAAAAAGUAGGAUGUUUGGAAGUUUGGCAAAUUCAGAACUUUACACUUGCAAGACCCUGUAGCAGUUUGAGAAUUUCAUACUUGAAAUUAUUCUUUGUUGUAAAUGAUUAGGUGGACGUGUGUUAACUCAAAACACAUAUGUUUUCUCAAACUGAAAUUGACAGAAAAAAGAGCAGAAUAGUUCCAGUUACCCUUUAUCGAGGGAGAGUUUAGUGAAGUGCCUGUUGUCAUAGCCUCCUUGGAAAUUGGCGUGUUUGAGCUUUUGCUUUCACAUUCAAUGCUAAUGCAUAGUCGCCUAUAUCAUCAUCCAGUGACGAUGUUACGUCACUGAAUAGGCUUGAGAUUUCCGGCCGUGAUAGCCAAAGGGGAGGUACUGAAGUGAAAGUGAUUGGGGUCUGGAAUCUGGAUGUCUGGUUCAGAGGGCUUUUCUCAAGCUCAGAUUCUGAAGGCUCUCUGUCUCAUUAUGACGAAUGAUGAUCGGUUUUUCUCGUUACCUUUACUAUCAGCUGUCUCCUUCGUUGUUUUGGUACCAUGUGAAGGACCACGAACAUGGGAGUGCAUCAUGUUUCAGUUUCAAUAUUUGGUUCCUGAGCUUCUGUUUCAGUUUCAACAGUUGGUUGGGUACUCUUUCGCUUUGCACAAUUGGAAGAGGGUUGCCAGCAGAAAAGUCGGCAAAGUGAAGUUGAAUGAGCAGAGAGCAAUAUGCUACGACUCGCCGGUCACUCUGGUUGCACAAUAAUGGUUUUACUUUUGACACAAGUUGUUUUGUACUGUUGUCAUUUUGCUGUGAUGAUAGUGAAGGAUGGGUACCCCCAUUUUACCAGGACUGUUGGCAGGUACUGUAGUAUUGGGGGUGGUCCUGAUGGAAAUACUUGAAACUGAAAGCUUUGUUUUGAGGGAACACAUGCUGCAGGGAAAGGAACACUAGCAGCCUGACAUUUUCUGGCGCCAUCACCUCGAUGAUUCCGACAGAGCAACUGUGAAAUGCUUUGAUGUACUAUGCUCUUCGCCUUUGUGGCUUGUGCAGCUCAGUACUUGCCUAUUUGGUAUUAGUAGAACAUUUAAACAAAUUCGUAGUUGGCUUCAAUUAAUGUUCUCGACGUCUUACAUUUUAACGGUAUAUCAGGCUGAAAGGCUUCAAUUAAUGUUCUCGAUGUCU